AUGGAUUUGGAGCAUGAACACAUUAAGUUAACAGACUGGCAACAUUAUCUAAGCGAUUUGGCGAGAAUAGAAGAUCCAAAUUACCUUCCCACAGAACAAGAUAUAUUACGGGCUCGUGCUCCUACAACGGGUAUUAUAGAGUAUCCAUUUGAUUUAGACUCAAUUGUAUUCAGGAUGGUAGACGUCGGCGGACAGAGAUCAGAACGAAGGAAAUGGAUCCAUUGUUUUGAAAAUGUUACGUCCAUAAUAUUUUUAGUAGCGCUCAGCGAAUAUGACCAGAUUUUAUUUGAAUCUGAAAAUGAGAAUCGAAUGGAAGAGUCAAAAGCGCUAUUUAAAACCAUCAUAACAUACCCAUGGUUUCAACACUCUUCUGUGAUCCUGUUCUUGAAUAAGAAGGAUUUGCUGGAGGAGAAGAUCAUGUAUUCUCAUUUGGUUGAUUAUUUCCCAGAAUAUGAUGGACCAAAAUGUGAUCAUAUACCGGCUCGAGAAUUUAUUCUGAAGAUUUAUCUAGAUCAGAAUCCUGACAAAGAUCGAAUGUGUUAUUCACAUUUUACAGCAGCUACAGGUCCUCAACGUGAUGCUAUAGCAGCUCGAGAAUUUAUUCUAAGAAUGUUUGUUGACCUGAAUCCAGAUAGUGAGAAAAUUAUUUAUUCACAUUUCACAUGUGCCACAGAUACCGAAAAUAUCCGAUUCGUGUUCGCUGCCGUCAAAGAUACGAUACUACAAUCGAACUUAAAGGAAUAUAAUCUCGUAUAGGAGAUUGCUGAAUUAACAAUUAAA